GAAAUGCGUCUGUGAAGGAAAAAUGUCUCGUAAAAUUGGCGCCAAGGUACCUUGUUCAGUCUGUUUUCAUUUACUCAGCGUCCCUAGACAGGAACCAGUUUCCUGGAAAGGUUCUAUCUCAAGAUUCGACUUAGGUCGCAUAUCACGCAUAGAUGUUGGAAGCAAAGUGCGUUUGUGCCAAUGCAACCGUCUUUGUCGUUUGGAAGCACUCUACAGUCUUGUUCAAGACGUCGAUGAGAAAUAUUUGAGACGAACCAUCGAACUUGCAAAGACUGCUGCAGGAAAUACAAGACCUAAUCCACUUGUUGGUUGCGUAGUGCUUUCCAAAGAAGGAAAAGUAGUCGGUGAAGGAUAUCACCCGAAGGCAGGGCUGCCUCAUGCUGAAGUAUUCGCCUUAGGAGAGGCAGGGGAACACGCUCGAGGCGGAACCCUUUAUGUCAAUCUAGAGCCUUGUAAUCAUACAGGAAGGACUCCACCUUGUACAGAAGCCAUUUUACGUUCAGGUAUCUCUCGCGUUGUGGUCGGUAUGGUUGAUCCAGAUCCACGCACAAGUGGGGACGGAAUUCGACGUCUACGUUCCCACGGAAUUCAAGUUAUAGAUGGAAUAGAAGAACGAGCUUGUCGUGAACUAAAUGCAGGUUUUUGUCUUCGAAUGAAAUGGCGCAAACCUCUCUCAAUCUUCAAGUAUGCCAUGUCCAUUGAUGGUAGAAUUGCCACGAGCAAUGGUAGUUCGAGAUGGAUAUCAAAUGAGAAAAGUAGACAAGCAGUUCAUAUGUUACGUUCGCAAGUAGAUGCAAUAAUUAUUGGUGGAAAUACUGUGAGGAAAGACGAUCCUCAGCUCACUAUUCGCCUGCCUGGUGACCAACAAGAUAUAACGUCAAACCAUUCUCAUUUGACGAAUACGGUGCUUGGAAAGUCGUGUUUGGGGAACAGAUUGCAUCCUCUAAGAGUGGUGGUUAGCUCUUCGAUGGAUCUUCCUAUCCAUGCUAGAAUUUUUGAAGAUCAAGAAGAAUAUCCCACCAUGGUGAUUACCAGAAAGUUUUCGAAAAUGGAGGAAAGAAAGAAAGUAUUGCGGAGUAAAGGUGUUUCUAUCAUAGAGUUGGAUACUCCAACGUUAAGUCCAAGUCAAGUUUUGGAUUGUUUGUAUGAGUGGGGAGCAUUGCAAGUUUUAUGGGAAUGUGGCGGUACUUUGGCUUCCAAAGCGUUGGAGCAAGACUGCAUUCAUAAGAUUGUCACUUUCAUUGCACCUAAAAUUGUUGGUGGAGUUUCAUCUCCUUCACCUUUUGCAUCUUUUGAAAUUCAAGAAAUGUCACAAGCUAUUGUUUUGCAUUCACUCAACUUUCAGAAGGUAGAUGGAGAUUUUAUGGUCGAAGGGUACUUCCCUGCCGUGAACAACGUGAUAUUUGAUAACGUGGCUUAAAAGUUUUUUCCUAUAUGCGGCAAAGCACAGUCACCGAGUGAAAUUUUGCAUAGAAUACCGAUUUUGUUUGUUAUUACUUUUGACAGACAUAUGAAGCUAAAGGUGAGGUCUUAUUUUAUGCACAUGA